AUGCCUAGUCAAUUGCGAUCUCUAUUAGGUACUAUCAGGAAGAAGCCAACCCAGGCAAGCGAUGGAAGGUCUGCGGAGGCAGCUAGCGGCCUGAAGGAUACCCGAAAAACCACCAUAACUCAAGACAUUAAGAAUCUCGGUAUCAAGAAUGCUAAGUUCGCGGUCGAGGCUGUCACAACAUUGGCUUCUGGCGAGCCUUUGGACGACAAAGACCUCUUGCUUGAAAAAGGCGUCGAGAUGCUCCAGGGACUGCCACCAAACAGCGGUCUUAGCCAGAAGGUGUCCGAUGGCUUCAUAGCCAUGUUAUGGAAUGACCUCCCUCACCCCACACCCAGCGCGGCCGGACCUUCGACUCGAUAUCGGCGGCACGAUGGUGGAGGGAACAGUUUGUGGAACCCCGAGAUAGGAAAGGCAGGUUCGCCUUAUGCACGAAAUGUCCCGCCUAUGAAACCCAAAGGCCCAUGUUUACCAGACGUUGAAGACGUAUAUGAGGCACUUUUGAAGCGCAAUGGUACCUUUCGUCCACAUCCGUCUGGCCUGAACCGGCUGUUCUUCUCGUUUGCGACUAUCGUUAUCCACGAGUGUUUUCAGACCUCUAGAAAAGAUCCCUGGAUCAACGAGACCUCCAGCUAUGUCGAUCUCAGUACACUCUACGGAAACACAGAGAAGGAACAAAAACGUGUGCGAACGUACAACAACGGCCUCAUCUAUUCCGACUCGAUCGCGUCCGAACGCAUCAUGAUGAUGCCUCCCGGUGUUGUUGCGGUGCUCCUUAUGUUCUCUAGGAAUCAUAAUCACGUCGCCGAAUCCUUGUUUUCUGUCAAUGAAGAUGGCAAGUACAAACCUUGGGACACUCUUGACGACGAGGGCAAAAAAUGGCAAGAUGAGGACAUCUUCCAACUCACUCGGAACAUCAACGUAGGCUUCUUCGCAUCUGUCGUCCUGCGGGAUUAUGUCGGAGCAAUUCUGAACACUCCGCGAGCAAAUUCGGAAUGGUCUCUCGAUCUUGGCAAAGAAAUCAAGCAAGGUGGGAGCCGCGUAGAACGAGGUACCGGUAGCCACGUAUCCGUCGAAUUCGCUGUUCUAUACCACUGGCAUGCUGCCCUAAGCGCCGCAGACGAUAGGUGGAUGGAAGACAUCAUACGAUCCGUCUUCCCUGACCUCGUUUCAGUCGACGAUGUUACAGUUGAGAUGUUCCAUGAAGUCAUGAAAACUCACGGCCAUUACUUGAUGAGUAAACUGCCCCACCAGUGGACUUUCGGGGGCCUCGAACGAGGCCCUGAUGGGAAAUUCAAGGACAGUGACCUCGCAGAGCUGAUGAAACAAUGCAUCGAGGAGCCAGCGCAUGCAUUUGGUGCACAUGGUACACCAUCCAGCUUGAGAAUCGUCGAUCUGAUGGGCCAAUUGCAGGCUCGUGAUCUGUUCAAUGUGUGUACCCUCAACGAGUUCCGCAGGUAUCUCAAUCUGAAACCUUACGAGAGCUUCGACGACUGGAACCAAGACAAAGAGACCGCGAGAGCUGCAGAGCUUCUUUACGGCCAUAUCGAGAACAUGGAGCUUUAUCCCGGCUUGAUGGCCGAAUGUACGAAGCCCGCUAUGCCAGGAAGCGGUGUCUGCCCCGGACAAACUACAGGACGAGGUAUCCUAAAUGAUGCCGUUGCCUUGGUGCGCGGCGAUCGAUUUCUCAGCUAUGAUUUCAACAGCAACACCCUGACACAAUGGGGUGCCGCACUGCUUUCGGAAACUACUCCAGGUGCAUACGGCGGUGUGUUCCCAAAACUGCUUUUCCAAGGCCUUCCCAGUGCAUUUACAGGCACCUCGACCUAUGCCCUGCUGCCAUUUUAUACUCCGGAGACUGCCAUAAGCAUUCUGAAGGGAAACAAUAUUCUGGAGAAAUACGAUACAAAGCGACCUUCGAACGAGAACGAGAUUGUUAGCAUUCAAACUCAAGAAGGUUGUAAAAAGAUCUUCGAAGACCGUGACAGCUUCGUAGUCAUGUACCAAGCAGCGAUUCGCAAUUGUACCGCUGGACACGACUUCAUGAUUGGUUGGGAUGAUGCAAAAAGACACGAUCAACGUUCCAACAUCUUGCAUAAAGUCUUCUUCGAAGAGGGUUUCGAGAAAAACAUUAAUGAGUUCUUCAGCACCAACGUGAGGAGUCUCAUCCAGAAGAAUUCAGUCCAGGGACCCAAGGGCAGAAAGUCCAUCAACAUUGUCCGAGAUGUGACAAACAUCACUCCUAUCCUCUGGCUUGCUGAGCGGUUCGCUCUCCCGAUCAAGACUCAAGACCAACCUCGAGGCCUUUUGUCCUUACACGAAGCUUUCACAGCCUAUCUCGUGCUGUUCAUGUACCAGAGUUUCAAUAUCAUACCAGCCAACGAAUGGAAGUUGAGAGAAGGUGCAAUGAAGGCUGCAGCUCCACUGCGCUCUAUCUUCGAAACUCAUUUGAAGACGCAAACGGGUAUGAUGGAAGGCUUCGUGGAUUGGAUGGCCAAGGGUAGUGCUUUUGAGGUGGGUCCCCACGCUGAUCGCAUCUAUCACGCGCUUGCAGACAGCAAGCUUCCUAUCGGCGACCAGGUAGGAGACUGCAUCGGAAUGGGAGCUCCUGUUGCUGGCAACAUUACACAGCAGGCUUCCCUUCUGAUCGAUCUCUACCUCAAACCUGAGUAUGAACAGUACAAGAAACGCAUUAUCGAACUUGCCCACAUGGAUCCCGCAGCAUCGGACCGCGAGCUCCAGGGUUUUGUCUAUGAAGGUAUGCGACACGUUGGAGUUGUUCCUGGUCUGCCUCGUGUUGCUACCAGGGACAUUACCGUGCUCGACGGUAUCCGCGGCCCGGUAGAAAUCAAGAAAGGACACACAGUGCUUAUCGCAACUUCCAAGGCGGCAAUGGACCCUAUUGCGUUUCCCAAUCCCGAGAUUCUGAACCCCCAUCGAUCGUUCAAGGAAUAUACACUCCUUGGCCAUGGCCUUCAUUUCUGCUUCGGCGCCCGGCUUGUAGGACCGUCGAUCGCAGCUACACUGCGUGAAGUCUUCAAGCUAAGAAAUGUGCGUCGUGCACCUGGAAAGCUGGGUCGAUUUACGAUUACCGAAGCCAAGCUAGCCGGGAUCACGAUGAGGCACUACGUGGAUGCCAACUCUAAAGAAAGUCCUAUUCCCACGAGUUUGACGUUACAUUAUGAUGAUGAGACUGUGGUGACAAAUGGUAUCAAUGGGACGCAUCGUGCCAAUGGAGUCAACUCUGCCAACGCUGUCAAUAUGGAGAAGACAAACGGCAUCAAUACCUAUGCGAACGGCACCAACAGUCACACGCAUGGCGUAAAUGGCCACAUGAACGGCAACGGACAUGGAAAUACCAAUAGUCACUAGGAUCGACGUUCCAUGAUAAAGUUCUUGUUGUGUGGUACAACUACGAGAGACGUGUGACUUUUCAAAUAUACCCACGCGUGCUUGCGGGCAGGCUAAACGCUCAGUAAGGUGAUGGUUUAGAUGUUGGUGGUUAUUGGCCACUGGAAGAUAUGAGAAAGUGAGCAAACAGGAUGUGCU